GUGGGGAGGUUCUUUGGAGAAGUUGACGGCUCAGUGAUGGCACGCCUUAUCAAGAUGGGCAUGUUCAAAAGGGUAUCUUUAUUCGACUAUCAGGCCAUGUGUAAGAUGGGAGGACAUUCUGCCAGCAGCGCCAGACCCCUUCUUAAUCCCUUCUAUGGUCUGGCGGCUGCUCUAAAAUGGUUCCUCACCAACUUCCUACUAUUUUUACUGGAGUUCAACAUAUGCGGACUCUGGCACUCCGACCACUUUGCUGAAGCCAAGCCCGGCUUCAAAGCGUCGGCCCAGAAGAAGAAGGGAGACAUCCUGCAGCCGUGUGACACGGAGUACCCCAGCUUUCUGUACGAGCCCUCCAUCAAGGAGACCAACAGCCUCAUCAAGUGUGGACGCUGUCAGAAGAUGUUUGUAACCCAGGUGGUCCCUGACAGUAACCUGCUGAUGUUGGUGAUACAGGCAGACUGUGACUGUUCCCGUCAGUACCCUCCUAUCACCAUGGAACCCAAGGAAGUGAAAUAUAUCCUUUAACUUACUGGUUCACUCUCACAAGCCCUCUUCCUGACACAGACAGUGAUUGAAAGAGGUAUAAUGGUGUUGUGGAAGUGGGAUUUGAGAUCUAUGAAUAAGCAGUUCCAGUCAUAUAUCAGACAAAUCACUUAUCUUAUUAUGUUCUCUUUCAUUUAAACCAGUUAGGAAUUGCUGUUUUACACUGUGGGGAGCAGUCUCUUCUUAAACUCUUCUCCUUGACACAUUGAAUCACAUUAAAUCUCUCAUAAAUCAAAUUGAUAUCCCACAUCAAUGUUCAAUC